AACAGACACAUUAAUGAUGAAGCAAAGCAAACAGUGGUUGGAUAACUUGCUGUAUAAUGGCAUCAUCUGGCAGGGUACUCAUCGCAGCAACCAUUACUGAAGUUGGCAACAACUCUUUUCUUUAUCCAGCGUGUCAGCUGUGUUACUCUAAACUUUUAACUUCAGAUGCAGACUUGUUCCAAUGUCAGAAAUGCAAUGUCACCUAUUAUCCAGUUGAAGCUUAUUAUCGGUACAGCCUGCAUGCUACAAUAAGUGAUGGCACUUGUUUAGCUGAAGUCACUUCAUUUGGGGGGAUGUUGGAUCGUUUUUUUGGUUCCUCUUGCUCAGAAUUUUAUCAUAAAUAUGUUCUCAAAUUGAGAGAAAAAUAUGGCCAGGCAAGUGAUGUCAUUCUGCAGACUGCUGUGGAGAAAACGUUCAUUGGGCAGAACUUGAUCUUUGGGUUCAAAGCCAGAUUACCAAACCACAACGAGAUAGUGACACUUAAAGAUAUUUGUGAAUCCAAGCUAGCUAGUUAUAGUAGUUUUCCUAGAACAUUACCAUGUUUAAUCGCAGUUCAGAUUUUACACCAGACAAAUUCUACCUUCACACACACUGUCAUUGAUCAUUUACAAGCAAUUUUAACCAAGAUAGAGACAUGUAAUUUGUCUGAAAAUGACUGCAUGGGGAAGUACAAACUGUACCGUCUAUGCAGUACAAGAGAUAUUCAGCCAACUGGUAUAAUUUUAAAUGCUGAUACUUUAUCAGGGAUGUGUCUUUCAGUGUCUAGUAGCUGCAGUGUAAUAGAGGAUGAAAGUUCAGUUGCUUUAAGUUGUGAUAAUUCCUUGAAUGAUAGUAAAGUUUCCAGAAAUUAUGACAACAAUCCCAAAUCACCCAACAGCAAAGCUAAUGUUGAAAAUAAAAGUGAAAUCACACCAGUUAAAAAACUUGAAUGUUUAAUUGGCAAGUCAACAAAUCUUUUAGACAAUUUAUUGAACAAGACAACAGAAAAUGAUAACUACAGUAAGGGAGUAAUUUUAAAUCAGUCUAUAAAAUGUUGCAGUGUGGAACAGUAUUCUAGUAGCAGAGGAAGCUUUGGUGGUGAAGAGAUUGGUAUUGAAAAUGUAGAUCCAAGUAAAAAGGAUAAUGUAACAUGGUGUGUUAAAAGUUAUCAGCUGCAGCAUCAAAAUCUUGAGAAAACAAAGGCUCAGGGAGAUAGAUGUACAUCCAAAAACUCUCAUCUAAGUGGACAUUGUAAACUUGAAGACAUAUCUUUGUCUGAGAGAGUGGAACAAACUUCAGACAGAAAAGUGAACAUGCCCUGGUCAUGUUAUGAUUCACUGUUGAACCGCAGCUCAACAAAAGAGCCACAGAAGAACGCAGCUAAAAAUUGUGAAAAGCAAUUAUCUCAAUCUGUUUUUAAUGAUUCAUCUCAACACCUUGCUGAAUUAGACCUUUCCACCAAAGGUGUGAAGGAAAUACUUUGUAGCGAUCCUACAAUGUUAGAUAUGCCUGAAUCAGAAGGACUGGAUACAUUUCUUAAUACUUCAGAUGUUGGCAUUAGCACUCAGUUGGCACAUGGUGUAAAUAGACAUAGUGAAUGUGUAAGUCAAGCUACACAACAGCCUGAACUAGCCUAUGACAAGAAAGAAGAAAUAUCCAAUGCCACUAUAGAUAAGGUAUCUGAAGAUUGUGAUCAAAACUUAAGUGCAGUUAAUGCCCAAUUCAUUUCCAGUAAUAUAACUUUAAGACGAUCGCGCAAGUUCCACAGCACACAGUUCACAAUACCUGGGUUGUCAGAUUUUGAACAACUUCUGGAUACCUCCCAUGAAAUGUCAGAUUAUUUACUAGCUCCUUAUAAAAGUUUAGAUACACCAUCAUAUAAUGUUCUAGUCCCUGAUAAAAGUCUAGAUUUUUCACAUGAAUUAUUAAAUGGUGUGCUUGUUCCUGAUGGAAGUUCAGAUGUUGCACAAGAAGAGUUGUUAGAUCAAAGUUGCAAUACUGAAGAUGUUGCACAAGAAUUGUUAGAUCAAAGUUGCAAUACUGAAGCAGACCAAAGUGAAAUUCUUGAGCUACCAGAUUCAGAGGAUCUUUCAAAAUUUUUGACAGAUAUAUCUAAGGAAGGAACCAUCAACAAGUUGACACAUAACAUGUCUAAGGAAGGAACCAUCAACAAGUUGACCUGGAACUGUUCCCUGUCACCAGCAGUGGGUGAGAAGAUAACCUCCAACAAACUAGAGAACAGCUCUUUGGUGGUGAAAGCUUGUAAGGAAACUGAAUCUCUCCUUCAGACCAUCCUCACGCUUGAAGAUGGAGACAUUUGCUCUGAGGACAUGUUUGAGAGUCCUGUCACUUCCCACACUAGAGAGCCACCCAAGCAUCUUGACACUGAUGUUGUCACAGCUGACACUGAUGUUGUCACAGCCGACACUGAUGUUGUCACAGCUGACACUGAUGCUGUCACAGGUGACACUGAUGUUGUCACAGCUGACACUGAUGUUGUCACAGCUGACACUGAUGUUGUCACAGCUGACACUGAUGUUGUCACAGCUGACACUGAUGUUGUCACAGCCGAUGACAAUAAAGACCACACAUGCCAUAAGGUUGAGCUUUCUAACCCAGGCGCUAGCACAUGUCUUAAGCUUCCUUCACGCAGGCACCAAGAUUCACUUGACAGCAAAACUUUAUGCAUGCACAAAGAUUCACUUGACAGCAAAACCUUAUGCAGGCAACAAGAUUCACUUGACCACAAACUUGCACACAACAAAUGGCAAGGACCUGAAAUGAAACAAAUAUUUUUUCACCCUAGCUUACCUAGUCCUGUUUCAACCCAGCAUGAACCCGUGCCAGAAUACAAAAACUAUUUUCCCUCACUUCAACGGUGUACUGAUCAUCAAAGAGAAAGGAGUGAAAAUAAAACAGAAUCACAUGAUUUUAAUUCUUCAGUGGCGGAUGUAAGUAAAAUUAUAGCGGAGAGUUGGCUAGAAGAAAAUGGCCAUGACAGUGAACUGGGUUAUUCCGAAGAUUUAUUUGAAUCUCAAGAUAAUCACAAAGCUGAGGAAGAACUUUGUGAUAAGCAAGGGGUCAACAAAUGUGACAACAGUUACAUUUCAAAACACACGAACUCUUCUGUGACAAAAAAUGGAAUAGAAAAGCCAUUUAAAAAUACACACUUGGAACCUAUAGACUGUGAGGCAAAGAUCUCUGCCAAAAAAGUCAGGUUUACACAGACCACAGAGGAGCUUUGUUUUAAUGCUGCAUCAGUCAUCAGUAACCGCCCAGUGACCAGAUGUGCUGUAAAUGUCAGGUCCUGCCUGAAGAAACAACAGACUGAAAAAAGCAGAUCUGAGGGUGAAAAGUCUGUGUCUAGCUGGUUGUCCCAGGAUUUGUUCUCUAGUUCAUGCUGUGAAGCUCCUUCACCAGCUACAAGUCACAGAGAGAGCACAAAUGCAGUGCUCCCACUUCUGUCUCCAUCAGCAACCAGUGACUCUACAGUGGAAACCAGUUCUAAGUUAAACCACAACACAUCCACUACACUUGAGCCCACUUGGAUCACAGAACCAUUUUGCAGCACACCCCUCACACACAAGCCUAGUUAUAUCACAGGCAGAAACUGUAGCACACCCCUAACACUACACUACAGACCAACAUACAUCCCAGACCCCCACUGCAGCACACCCAGGAGACACAAAAAACCUAAUGAUGUUGACACAUCACAAGAUUUAUUCUCCCCAACCUUCAACAGCCCAGUUGUGGGAAGCUGCCUCUCUGCUCAUGCACCACCUACUGACUUGAUGACUCCUGAUUUAUUUGAUUGAUUGUUUUAUUAUUUACUCAUUGUGAUAUUAUAUAUAGUUUAUUACAAUAUUAAAUAAUUCAAGUUUGUUGUUUGAUGUAUAACAAUUUUAUUUACAUUCAAGUUAUAUAACAUAUUUGCAUAUUCAAACAAUUCAUCAUACACAUGUAUGUAGUACACACAAACAUCUGACACAACCAGCGGAUGAGCAGUUAAACACAAGGCUCUGUUUCACAGACAAACAACAAAAUAUUUCUGCAAAUG